CACCAUGUGACGUACUGAGUUUACGUCGUGCUGGUGCUUCCCCUAGCACUCUCAGCCAUGGCGACUGUCAGACGGAAAUAUUCUCUAGCUAGCUAUUCAACUAGCUAGAAUCUCUCCCAAAUAGGAGUAAUAGAUAAUUAUCCAAAUGUGUUUAUACCGUUUGACCCUUCACAGAGACUACUUCUGAGAGUGGAAAUGCAAAACUAUCUACAGAUGGAGACAGAUGAUUACAACCUUGGAGAGUUAAGGGCUGGCCCUCCGGACUCAUCUCAUCCUUUUGAGUCGAGCACCACCAGAAGCUCGAUCUCAGAAAGUGAAUUCUCAUGUCACUGUUGUUAUGACAUCUUGGUGAACCCCACCACCUUGAACUGUGGCCACAACUUCUGCCGCCAUUGUCUCGCUCUGUGGUGGGAGUCUUCACACAAGAACGAGUGUCCGGAGUGUCGCGAGAAGUGGCAGGGCUUUCCAAAAGUAAACAUACUGCUAAGGGAUGCAGUUGAUAAGUUGUUCUGUACAGCAGUGGAAAAGAGGAGAGCAGAGAUCCAGGAAAAUCCCAAAAUAUCCCGGAGUUUGCUGGCAUUCCAAAGGUAUGGUGAUGCACAGGGGAGGCCCAAAACCCCUCAACAUAGAGGAGCAGGCUUCUUCUUUUCUGGAGUACUGACUGCACUCACAUGCGUGGCUGUGAUGCUCCUGGUGUACCACUGGAGCAGUAGUGGGGAGGAGGACCAGCAUGACGUACUGAUCAGUAAGCCUGUGUCCCGCUGGACCCCUGAGGAGGUGCUGUCCUGGCUGGACAACAUGGGGCCUUGGGCACAGCUCUACAGGGGGCCCAUCCAGCAGGAGAAGGUCAAUGGAAGGUUACUAUUGAUGCUGGGGGAUGAAGAGUUAUCCAGACCGCCCUACAGCAUAGAGAACCAGGUCCAUCGACGUGCCAUACUGACUGAACUGGACAGACUGAAGAUCCUGGGAGUCAAACCACCCCAGAACCUCUGGGAGUACAAGGCGGUCAACGCAGGGAAGUCUCUGUUCCUCCUCUACGCACUCAAGAGCUCCCCUCGCCUCACGCUCUUCUACGUGUACCUCUUCGACUACACAGAAACAUUUUUGCCUUUCCUGCACACCUGCUGCCCUGCCAUCACAGAUGGUGUCCAAUCAGAGGACAGCGGCCGCCUCAUCGACACGCAGCAACCACCCAACCAGCGGCAAUGGUCCGAGUUUCUGGUGAAGUACGUGCUGCUUCCGUACCAGCUGAUCGCAGAGUUCUCCUGGGACUGGUUGGCGGUCCACUACUGGACGUCCCGCUUCAUCAUCGUUAACGCCAUGUUGCUCUCCGUCCUGGAGGGCUGCGCCUUGUGGAGGCUGUGCACCGGAGCCCGGAUCAGGACUCUACCCAGUCGGAUGUGGAGCCACUUCUGGAAGAUCUCGUCGCAGGGCUUUGCCUUUGCCCUCAUGUGGCCUUUUAUCCCGCAGUUUGUGUGCAACUGCCUCUUCUACUGGGCUCUCUAUUUCAACCCCAUCAUUAACAUAGACCUGGUGGUGCAGCAGCUGAUCCACCCGGAAACCCACGCACUGUGAGGGCCCAACGCAUGCUUCAGUCUACACCACGCCGCUGCCACCCCACACGUAACAUAAGAAAGGGCGUAGCAAUGAGACCCGGACUAAUAUCGCUGCUUCAGAGGACGUGCUUUUGAUUGCCAGUCAUGUUUUGGAACCCUUGCGUGAGACGGAUUUGGUUGGAGAAAAAAAAAAUACUUUCUUGAAUGAUGCACUGACUACAGAGAAACAGUAUCAUUAUGAGGAAGAGAUGAACUUUCUACUACUGUGAUCAACUUGCAUAACGCACCUGUUCAGCCUCAAUGUGCAGCAAAACUAUUGUGUUGAUGGUUAUUCAUUUUGCCCACUUUGUUGGAUGCUUAUUGUCAACAAGGGGUGUUUGCUUAAAGCUAAGGACUUUGCAGCGUUCAGUUUUCUGGGGGGUUGGGAAAUGGAUCACAUUGUCCUCAACCUGUUCCUUUUCACUUUUAAUGACAAAUGUCUUAAACAUAGAGGUUUGAUAGCGAUUGUUUGAUCUACAGGUAAAUAUCAAGUUCCAUGCAAACAUUGUUUAAUGUAUGUGUCUAUUACCAAAUAAUAUACAUUAUAUCGACUGCCUAUGCAAUUUUAUUUUAUAAAGGGGGUUUCAUUAAAAUUGAAAAAAAAGCUGAAUUUGGCUAGCCUUAUCCUUGAAGUCUGGCUCUGGGUGGUAACCUUAGUCGAUUUAGAUCAGGUGCUUAAUCGGUGUAUCUGAAAACAAACCUGUAAAAUAUGGGCAAGGUUGUGUUGCAUCUUCACGUGAACCUGAAAUCGUAGUUUAUUUAAAGGGGAUGCAAACAAUGGCAUUUUAGUGGCCGUUCUUGAAUGUUGAGGUGCAUUUUACACAUCUUUUCAUUCUAUGUGAAAUUCUGCACUUUUUUUAAUCAGUGUAAAAUAUGUGUAAUUUAAAAGUAUUUUAAGUAUGUAGUUAUUGCAUUGCACAUUUUUUUGAAAAUAAUUUCCUGCAAAAUGAUGUUCCAUUUAUAUUUUGUGGCAAGCAACUAGAGUUAUUAUAUUUUUUACAUGAUUUACACUCAGCAUUGAACUGUGAUUAUGCUAUUGCGAGUAAUUGGAUGUUGGAAACAAAUAAAAGGUUUAUAAAUAUUGA